AGAAGUCUGUUCUUCCGGUGAUGUGUUGUCUGACGCCGGGUCUUUGAAGGUGUGGGCUGUCAAAGCCGUUGUUACGACGUUGGAUCGUUAUUCGUAUUUUUUUUGUUGUAAAAAUACAUCCAUGGUCGCCAGGCUGUCUCUCAUACGACGGUAUGCCAUUCUCGGUUUUAUUAUCGUCGGAUAUAUUAUCUUUCAAUUCACACGCCAACACCCAGAUGUGGGGAGAAUGAGCCAGAAAGAGGGACUGAGGGCCAACUCCUCUCAGUUCACUCUGGAGGGAGAGCCCUUUCGCAUCUUGGGGGGCUCUAUCCACUAUUUCCGCGUCCCCAGAGCCUACUGGGAGGACCGCCUGCUGAAGAUGAGGGCGUGUGGGGUCAACACUCUCACCACAUAUGUGCCAUGGAACCUGCAUGAGCCAGAGAGAGGGGUUUUCAACUUCCAGGACCAAUUGGAUUUAAAGGCGUACAUCAGCCUAGCAGCAGAGUUGGGGCUCUGGGUGAUUCUGCGGCCAGGUCCCUACAUCUGUGCUGAGUGGGACUUAGGAGGGCUGCCUAGUUGGUUGCUGCGUGAUCCAGACAUGAAGUUGAGAACAACCUACCCAGGUUUCACAGAAGCUGUUGACUCUUUCUUUGAUCAACUCAUUCCAAGAGUUGCACCGUAUCAGUACUCCAAGGGGGGCCCAAUUAUAGCAGUUCAAGUGGAGAACAAGUAUGGCUCUUAUGCAAAAGACGUAGAAUAUAUGCCAUACAUAAAGGAGGCAUUAUUAUCCAGGGGGAUCGAGGAGCUGCUCCUGACCUCAGACAACCAGGAUGGGCGGAACCUCGGGGGUGUGAAUGGAGUUCUAGAAACCAUCAAUUUUCAGAAACUGAGCCCAGAGGGAUUUAAGUAUCUGGAUGCAAUUCAACCCCAGAAGCCCAAGAUGGUGAUGGAGUAUUGGUCUGGGUGGUUUGACCUCUGGGGUGACCUUCACCAUGUUUUUGCUGCUGAGGACAUGGUUGCUAUUGUGACGGAAAUCCUGAAACAGGAUGCAUCAAUCAAUCUUUACAUGUUCCACGGAGGAACUAAUUUUGGCUUCAUGAACGGGGCUUUUGCAAUUGCCACGCCCAUGCCUAAGCCAAUGGUAACAAGCUAUGAUUACGAUGCUCCGUUAUCUGAGGCAGGGGAUUACACCACCAAGUACACUCUUCUGAGGAAUGUAUUGAGCCGCUAUCACAGUGAGAAGCUUCCUGAGGUUCCCUCCCUCCAGGCCAGGAGAGUGUAUGAGCCUGUCAUCAUUCAGAAGCAUCUGUCACUGUGGGAGAGCCUGCAGUUUACUGAGAAGCCCUUGAAGUCAGAGAAACCAGUCAACAUGGAGAACCUUCCUGUCAACAAUAACAAUGGUCAGUCCAACGGCUACACUCUGUAUGAGACCAUAAUCCACAGCGGAGGCCUUCUGAACUCCAUGAACAAUGUUAGAGAUAGAGCCCUGGUGUUUGUGGACAAACUCUUUGUUGGAGUACUGGACUAUAAGAUGCUGGAGUGUGCUCUGCCUGAUGGAAAGGGGGAGAGAACAUUGAGUUUACUCGUGGAGAACUCUGGGAGACUGAACUAUGGUAAACUCCUAGAUGAACAGCGUAAAGGUCUUGUCGGAGACAUUGAGUUGAACAAUACCCCGCUACGAGACUUUAUCAUUCAUAGUCUAGAUAUGAAGCCUGGCUUUGUAAAUAGACUGAGUGCAUCAGGCCAGUGGAACUCUGUUUUCCAGAAGCCUUCCUUCCCAGGGUUUUUCCACGGCAAGCUAUAUGUGGGUGACCAUCCCAGAGACACCUUCAUCAGACUGCCUGGUUGGAGUAAAGGAGUGGUCUUUAUCAACGGGCAAAAUCUUGGACGCCACUGGUCCAUGGGGCCCCAGCAAACCCUCUACCUCCCCGCCCCCUGGCUUAACCGAGGAAACAACCAGGUUGUUGUCUUUGAGGAGCAGGAAACUGAUGGUAAAAUCCAAUUUGCCAGCGAGCCUGACCUUGGAAUGACUGUUGACGUACAGUGAGGAUGGCCUGGUAGAAUGGAGGUAUGGUUAGGAGUUCCAUCCUCUCACAUUUCCACACUCUGCCUGCCAUCAGGGACCUAGCUGGAUAGCUACUCAGAAUCGAUGCACAUCACUGCACAUGGCAUUUAUUUCCUGUUGGGAAGCCCCAGCCUCUGAAUGAUCCAGACUAAUUAAGCAUCCUACUAGAUCUUGCAAACGUAACUGUGCCUUCAUUAUAUUCGAUGGGCCACGGCAAUAUCUGGAUUGCAAUGUACUGCAAUAUCUGGAUUGUACUUGUUGUUUGUGUAUUACCUUUUCAUACUGUAUGUCUAUUGUGAGAAUUUUGUCAGAGGAUACUAAUUUGGAGAUUUCAGGUAUUUUAAUGUAUAGGUGUUUGUCCUGAUUCAAGGACACGUACUUUCACUAUGUCAUUGUAUUUUAUUUGAUUGGACAGCAAAUACAUAUAUUGUGCUUUUGAGAUGAACCAGUGACAUGUGAUGGUGAAUUAAACUGAACGAUCAGUGCAGUGGAGACUCUCAAAUACAAAGACAUUCGCCAAGUA